CCGGGGCCGCUGUUAGCCCUCCCGCUCCGUCCCGAGCUCGCCACGCCGGCAGGACGCCGACCUUCCUCGCGCUCCGCCCCGAGCUCGUCCCGCCCCCCCGUUACUCCCCCCGCCUUCCGCGAAGCACCUGGAAGCGGAAGUGGGAGUGGGCUGGGCUUGUGCUUUGCUCCUCCCCUCCUGUGGCGACCAGGUCACGUCAGCCGCGACGCUGACGUGGCUCCCGGAAGUGGGGCUGGCGUAGGGGCGUCAUGUUGCAGCAGGACAGUAAUGAUGACACCGAGGAUGUUUCCCUGUUUGAUGCGGAAGAGGAGACAACUAACAGACCAAAAAAAUCCAAGAUCAGACACCCAGUGGCAUCAUUUUUCCAUUUAUUCUUUCGCGUCAGUGCAAUUGUAGUCUAUCUUCUCUGUGAAUUGUUCAGCAGCAGCUUUAUUGCCUGUAUGGUGACAAUUAUCUUGUUGUUGUCAUGUGACUUUUGGGCAGUCAAGAAUGUCACAGGUAGACUCAUGGUUGGUCUGCGUUGGUGGAAUCAUAUAGAUGAAGACGGAAAAAGCCACUGGGUGUUUGAGUCCAGGAAGGUGUCUGCUCAAGAGAGUAAAACUGUUUCCGAGGCCGAAUCAAGAAUAUUUUGGUUAGGACUCAUUGCCUGCCCGGUGCUGUGGGUCAUAUUUGCCUUUAGCGCGCUCUUCUCCUUCAGAGUGAAGUGGUUGGCGGUGGUUAUCAUGGGUGUGGUGCUACAAGGUGCCAACCUGUAUGGUUACAUCAGGUGCAAAGUGGGCAGCAGGAAGAAUUUAACCAACAUGGCUACAUCUUAUCUUGGAAAGCAGUUUUUAAGACAAAACACUGGAGAUGAGCAGGCUUCCUGAAGAGAGUGAGAGCAAGCUCGUGUGUCCUUUUACACUGGGGAACAGCUGAAGAGAUUCUUGACUCUGAGGCUCUUGGAACUCAGUACACGUUGCAAAGAGGAGUGUUGGGUUUGUUUUUCCAUUCUAAAAUCUACUUUAAAAAAAUGGGAAGGUAGUUUUCAUACAGAAUUUUUAAUCUCUUUUUAGCAUUUUGGGGCGUGGAAGUAUGGCGUGGCUCAUGGUUAAAAGUGGUUCAUGGUUAUGUAUGUGUGGUUAUGUAUGUGUGCACGUAGUCCUGUAAUGUCCGUUGAUUCCAAAUGACUGAAAGUGUGUUCAUGUACAUAUGUAAUGGAGACAUUUGUACCUGGAUGUGUAGAAUAUAGGGGAUGAUCUUGGUCUGUUGCAGAACUCUAGGUGUGUCCAUAUUAUUUCUGUAAAUUAUUGUCAGAAGAAGGUUUUGCUUCUGUGGUAAAAGUAAGCACUUUGGCUUACAUGUAAGUUAGAGAUAAUUGUUAAUCUUACAAGUUAAUAUAUACUUCAUGAUGAAACUUCUUAUCUUAGGCACUCACAGGCAGGUAGAAACCAAAUUUGGGCUAGUGGUUAACUAGUUUGUAAAUUUUAUUUUUAUUUAUAAUAACUCAUGUACUUAAGGCCCUAUUAAUGUAAAUGGAAUUUUCACAGUUUCUGUUUAGGGGAUUCUUAGAGAUUGCUGCUGUUCUAUUUAUUUUUUGGAAGGGAUAGCCAGAUUUUACUUUAGAACUUCUUGGAAACUCGUCAGUGGGCCUUGGCCUAAUGAAAUCUGUCUUUUAUCACUAAAAGAGUAUUAUUCUUAUGUCCUAGUGAGAAUAAUCAUUUAAAUACUUGGCAUAAUAAAUGCCUAAAAGACAUUUUAUUGUAUGAAUCUAUUUUUUUUCUUGCUAUAAUGGGGAUAUUGUAAAUCAUGCCUUUGUAUUAUUGGUAUUUCUUAAAGCAAUAUAUGUAACAAUCUACAAGCAGUUGUAGGAGUCUAUAAAUUCUGUUGUACGUUCUGUAAACUUUGUUGGUGUCUUUUAACCAACAGAUUAUUUUGUGGGAUGUAUUUAUACAUUGUUAAAAAUUUUACAAAAAUGUUUAAUUGAGUAAGUGUCUUUGUUGGUGUGAUAGCUUUGAAGGUGCAUAACUUUAUAUUUGUAUAAAACCCUCCUGUUUACAAAGCA